GCUUCCAGUAAAACAGCAUUUCCCAACAUGCAACGCGAGCUCUAGUGACAUCCUCAAUGCAUGUUACGAUGAGGUUUGUUUUCGUCAUUGUAAACUGAAGUGUAGCGGGUUUCUCUUCUGAGCUGACGCGGGAUAUCAUAGCUGUGUGAUAUCGUUUCUCCUCUGGAUUUACUAUAAGACUAGAGGGUUCAUCUCAGCUCAUAUAUUUGGUGAGUUUAUCGCCAUGUUGUCAUCUGUUCCCACACGGCUACUUGCGCGAAGGUCGCGCAGCUUGUCACCGUGCAGCCGUAUACUGCAGACCAGCGCUGGCGGAGCCGCGUGUCACGGCAUUCACGAGACACCAGCGACAACAGAGGCGAACCGCAACCCCAUCGUGUCCACCUCCCGGGUCUCCAGGAGGGGCAUUUUAGUCGAGGAUAACGCUGGAGCCAGUGUCAACCAGUCAGUGCAGUACCACCACCUCGCCCCUAGGUGGCUGUCCAACCUGGAGAAUCGCCGCAACUCAUGGGCAGCUCUGGCCAGCAGGGGGCGCAACAAUAACCGUUACUGGGAGGAGAGCGGGCAGGGCGGCGGAGACGAGGGCCAAGGAACAGGUGGAGGAGGUAGCCGGGCAGGAGUGGCCUCUGCCGGUGUACUCUCUGCUGCAGCCGUGGCCCUCUGUCUAAAGAAAGAAUCUGAUAACAAAGGUGAUGCUCUUCUGGAAGCAGCGAGGACCAACAAUGUUCAAGAUGUGACCAGGCUGCUAAAGGAAGGGGUGAACCCAAAUCACCGCCACAGUCUUGGAUGGUCCGCUCUCAUGGUGGCCGCCAUGAACCGACAGCACAGUGUGGUGAAGGUUCUGCUCAAAGCCGGUGCUGACCCAAACGCUGGGGAUCAUUUCAACAAUGUUUACGACACUUCACGGGAAAAAGGCAUUCACUCCCUGGAAGUCCUCGUGUCCAGAGAGGACGAGUUCAGCAGCAGGCUCAGCAGCAGGGCUGGUUUCCGUGGUUGCACGGCACUUCACUACGCCACACUGGCUGACGACCCACACACUGUCCGCAUUCUGCUGGAGGCUGGUGCUAACCCCCUACAGACCAAUGAGUUGGGACACACAGCUCGGGCCUAUGCUAAGGAAGGAGAAGUGGGCACAGCGCUGCUGGAGUGGGAGGGCAAAUUCCAGGAGAUGCAAGCUAAACGGGAAGCAGAGGAAAGGAGGCGUUUCCCCCUGGAGAGGAGGCUGAAGGAGCACAUCAUCGGACAAGAGGGGGCCAUCAAUACCGUGGCGUCAGCCAUCAGGAGGAAGGAAAACGGUUGGUACGAUGAAGAGCAUCCCCUCGUGUUCCUCUUCCUCGGUUCAUCAGGAAUUGGGAAGACAGAGCUGGCCAAACAAGUGGCCCGUUACAUGCACAAGGACAUUAAAAAGGGUUUCAUCCGUUUGGACAUGUCCGAGUUCCAGGAAAAACACGAGGUGGCAAAGUUCAUCGGUUCUCCACCAGGUUAUGUGGGACACGAGGAAGGAGGUCAGCUGACCAAGCAGCUGAAGGUUUUUCCUAAUGCUGUGGUCCUGUUUGAUGAAGUAGACAAGGCCCAUCCUGAUGUCCUCACUGUCAUGCUGCAGCUCUUUGAUGAGGGCCGUCUCACAGAUGGCAAAGGGAAGACCAUUGAAUGCAAGGACGCCAUCUUCAUCAUGACGUCUAAUGUUGCAAGUGACGAAAUUGCCCAACAUGCACUGCAGCUUCGCGAGGAGGCUGAGGAGGUCAGCCGCAGAAAGAUAGCCGACAAACUUGAGGACGUUCAGAAAGGCGAUGACAUCAAAAUCUCCCGGCAGUUUAAAGAAACUAUGAUUCGACCGAUCCUAAAGGCUCAUUUCCGGAGGGACGAGUUUCUUGGUCGGAUCAAUGAAAUUGUAUACUUCCUGCCUUUCUGUCACUUAGAGCUGCUACAGCUGGUCAGCAAGGAGCUCAACUUCUGGGCCAAGAAGGCCAAACAGCGUCACGGCAUAACUCUUGAGUGGGAUCGCCCCGUGCUGGACCUGUUGGCGGGCGGGUACAACAUGCAUUACGGAGCGCGCUCCAUCAAACAUGAGGUGGAGCGGCGAGUCGUGAACCAGCUGGCCGCAGCGUACGAGCAGGAGCUGCUGCCAAAAGGCUGCACCCUGCGUCUGUCUGUCCAAUCGGACGGCCAGGAGGAGCAGAGCUCGCCCAGUCUGCGGCUUGAGGUGGUGGGAGAGGACAGGUCAUCGAGGACGCUGGACAUCCGUCCACCACUCAGUCCCAAACACUAACAAACACACAGAAUCUACACAGAAUAGGUCUGCACACACACACGCACGCAUCAUCAUUAUGCAGUGUCAGGACGGGAGGAUAAUUCAUGAUGAAUGUUACCAAUAAAAAAAAAAAAAACCCUAAACACAACAUCACUGCCUCCGUUUCAGUACACACAUGCGGCUGUUUGAUGCCAACAUUCAGCACAGAAACAGUCAGUGCACUGGACCUCCAACAGGCAAGAAGAAGCCGCGUGGGCUCAUGUGAUGUAAAAUGUCCGCACAGUGAAUGUGUUGCAGGUCAGUCGUUGUAGGGUGGAGGCGUCAGUGAGUCUGUGCAGCCUUCACUUCAUUACAAACAUCAUCAUCAUCAUCAUCAUCAGUGAGUGGAGGGAAGCCAUCACGUUGAUGAGUAAAAGCGUUGCAGCAUUUUUGUUUAAGUAGAAGCAACAACACUUAGCUGUUAACCUCGUGAGACGUGAACAAUCCACCGUGUCCAAUAUGACAUCCUGGCUAAAUGUGUUAUUUAUUAAAGCUGCUGUAUGUAAGUCACUGACUUAAAACUAUUCCAGUGUAAAGAUUUAUUCCAUAAUGGCGAUGGAAAAAUAAAUGUGAAUGAGCAAAAGAUAGUUUCACAAUGUCUUCACUUUGAUGCACAUUUUACACGAUAAAUAAAACAAAAAAGAAAAAAAUUCACUUCAUGUUAGUCAAGAAUGUAUUAGUGGUGAAAUCCGAAGUAGACUGUGUAGCAGUCACUGAAUUAUGGCUAAAUAUAACUGUCUGGUGAAUAGUUCCUGUUGAUGCAUGUUCACGUGAAGACGCGUCGUCUGUCACGGCGGCUGCACGGUGUGCAUCUGUCUGUGACGUUAAGAGGAAUUUAGAGUCGUAAAGAAAUAAUAAUCUCGGUGCUGUAUCAUAAAUGUUUGAACAGCGCGUCGGCGAGGCGCCGCAUGUAAUCGAGCAGCAUCUCUCAUUGUUGUUGUGCCCUCUGUGUAAAUAAAGUCAUCGCGACAGAAAGGGA